AAUAUCAGCAGUGGCGUAACUACUCGCCGGCAGGCCCUGGUACAGGAAGGGCACCGGGCACCCCUGUCGGGCCCUCCUCUCUAUGAAUCUUGCACCAGAAUGCUGCUGGCAUGUGAACUGUAAAAAUCAUUGCGGCUCCAUGGGCCCAAUAGGGUGUGGGCCCGGGUGCAAUCGCACUUUCUGCACCCCUGGUAGUUACACCACUCAAUAUCAGUCUCUACAUCAGGGGUCUCCACCUUUUUCGGCCCAGGGACCAAAAAAGAGCCAAUUUUUUUUCCAAGGACGGGGGUCGGAGGGGGUUUGGAUGGAGGUCAGGAGGGGUCAGGGACGUUGUUGGAGGGGGUCGGAGGGGUCAGCGUCCAACUUGGGCACAGUACGUUCAUUGUUCGGUGGCCCAGUUCAGGACAGUCAGCAGCCUGGUGGUUGGGGACCCCUGCUCUACGUCAUACCAAACGUUAACUCAAGGGUGAACAACCCCUUAAUGAAAUGUAAUGAGUCCAUGCGGGAGCAGCGUUUAAUGAGGCAUCAUUGGCUUGUGCCCAUAUCGCUGAUGGAAUGUUAUCAGUGCCCCCAGAAUUGGAAGCUCAAAGGGAAGUCAGCCCAGUUUAUAAUGAGCGCCUGAGCUGCGCCCGAGCGUUUCCCAAGCUGUUCAUGCGAUCUGUCUUUUCUGCAGAUCCAGCGAGCGCAAAGGCUUCACACGGUUGGGGGUGACGAUAAUCCAAGGCGGUUGCUGGUUGAUUACCCCUAUGAAGUGGCGCGAGUUUGUCGCAGAGACUGCGCUAAGUAGCGUGCGAUCCUAAAGAGAGAAGCAGCCGGCUUGGGCACGAUGGAGUGGAACGGAUCCUCGUUCGGAUAUUUCUCGCUUAAGAACAAUAGUCUGUGGGGAUCGUUGAGCUUGCCCAGCAGUGUCCUGUCUUCUGACACCAUAGUCCUGCUGGUCAUGUACUGUCUGUCCUUCCUGGCCGGCUUGGUGGGCAACAUUAUGGCUCUUAGGGUUUUGGGAGGUCGCAGAAGGAGAAGAUGCCACUUACCCACAGUAUCAGCCACACGGAAUCUCCUUGUCAACUUGGCCGUGUGCGACAUGAUGGUGAUCUGCGUCUGUAUGCCAAUCAACCUGGGGCACCAGCUGCACAGCGCUUGGGUCUUUGGCGCGUUUCUAUGCCGAGCUGUGCCCUUUGUCCAGGCGGUGUCUGUCUCUGCCAGUGUCCUGACCUUGGCUGCCAUUAGUCUGAACAGAUACUACAGUGUCCAUAGUCCUCUACAGGCAAGAACUUUCUUCACUUCCAAAAGAAUAUUGCUCAUGAUCUGCCUUGUGUGGAUCUCUUCUUCCAGCCUGUGCUUCCCUCUCAUCUUCAUGAACAAGACCCAGACCCUGGUCCUGUCCCCGGGCAAACUGACCAUUGUCCUCUGCACAGAAACCUGGCCAAGUGUCCAUCACAAAUUGUUCUACAACUUCUUGUUGUUCUGUGCGCUCUAUGGCUUCCCCGUCUCCUUUAACCUCCUCAUCUGUUUCCUGACGGGUCGCCGACUCUGGGGCGAAAACGACAAGGUCAUCCACAACCACAACCGAUCCCUGUCGGGCUCCAGGCUGAAAAUCCGUAAGAAAAUCGCCAAGAUGGUGGUGGCUUUGGUUCUUCUGUUUACCUUGUCUUGGCUUCCUCUGUAUGCAGUGGACAUGUGGAUAGACAUUAACAUGAUGUAUGUGCCAUCUGGGGAGAUCUUGGCAGACCCACAACACGAGUGGAUUCUCCAGUUGAGACCUUUCGCUCAGUGGCUUGGUCUUACCAAUUCCACAUUGAACCCCUUGUGCUACUGCUUUGUUGGCAAUCUGUACAGGUCAGCUAAGCGGUUUAAGAGCAGCUACAGAGAGAAACUCUCUUCCAUUUUCAGCCUUUCUAUGAGCCAAGCAAAUGGGGAACCACAGACACCCACACUGUUACAUUAUAAAGCUGGCAAAGAUAGAACCAAUGCAAUGUUAAGGGCUGAGAGAAAUGGGGCCACCAAAACUGACACUUUUCUACAGUCUGGGACAGGGGUUCAGAUCUAACCCCCAUCGGUAUCUCCUUAUAUUAACAGGGGACUUGAGUUCAGACUAUCUAAACAAGGACCCACAGCAGGGGUGUAACUACAGAGGAAGCAGACCCUGUGGCUGCAGGGGGGCCCAUGAGGUAUAGGGGCCCCUAAUUCAUAUACAAUUUCAAUAAAUAGUUGUAAAACAAGUCAACCUCUAAACAUAUUGCUGUGGGGCCCAGUAAUACCUAAUUACUCCACUGUCCCACAGUCAUGAUUGGUCCAUUGAAAAGUUGGAAUUUUCUCUAAGAUUAUUAUUGCCAAACUCUCUGCAGAACUUCAGCUGACACAGAACCUCUUGGGAAACUGCAGUCCUUAUUGAUAUUUUGCAGUGUUGUUGAACAAAGUGACUGAGGCUCUUGUCUUAUAGUGAGAGUUCCCCAAUGGUAAUGUUACUAUGGUAAUGGUACUAGACCCCUUUUUUAUGUUCAUACAAUGGCAAACCCAAAAGCUGCUUUAUUGAAAAAUUGUGUUUCAAAUAGGUGUCCUGCAUUUAAAGGGGCCUCGUCACAAUGCAACUGUAGCAGGUUGGAAAGACUGAUAACAUCAUUAUGUGUAACUGCUAUUAGAUAUUUAGAAAGUGCAGUCUAAACUGCAGCCCUCCAGUUGUUGCUAAACUGCAAAUCCCAACACCCUGUGUUGGGAUUUGCAAGCCUUUGGCUUUUACUAAAUGCUGAGACUUGUGGUUUAGCAGCAGUUGUCAGAUGGGGGUCCCAGCUUUUCUGUUCAUCCCCCCACCAUUCCUUCUCCAAGUGUAGUCUAUGGCAGCAGUAGGGAUUGUUUGGGAAGGUAUUCCGGCUGUGGGUUAAAGGGUACAACAAAGCAAGAUGGACUGAAACUUAGGACUGUAGCUGAUCUAACCUCAUUAAUAAAUGUUUGUUUUGUUGUUGGUAAAUCCCAUUGAGUGCAAUACAUUUUUAUACACCCUAACAUUGACUUAGCUCUUUAUAUCUUUUAUAAACACUUUCUCAGGAUGACAUUGGCUCACAGAGACACUGGGAAAUAUUCUGCCCUAUUUCCCCUAAUACUGGCGACAACCCCCCCCCGCUUUCCAUUUCAUUGCACGGUUGUCACCGAUGUUGCUAUCUGGUGCAGGAUAUUACUGACCAACAGCCAAAUCCAGACUGGGAUUAAAUAUAAGACAUGGAAUUUCAUGUACACAGAGACCCAAACAGCCCCCCACCAGCCGAAUAAAUAGUGAAGAUUGGCAGUCCAGGCUUGCUAACUGCUGAGGCUCUCAGACUCAGAUCACAAUAUGGGAUUGGGGAAGAAGGGGUGAUUAAGAGUUUGGGUGGGAAUCCUGGGUAGGGUUGCCACCUAAAAAUUAUGGUUAAUCCCAAUGUUAUUAAUAGGGGUAAAAAAUAUAAAUAUUUAGGAAGGCUGGUAUUUUUUUCCAGAAAAGGUGGCAACCUUAAUCCUGGGUGAUGUGCAAAGUAUUGUUGACUGAUAUACAAAGGGGCGCCAUAUGCAAGGAAGGAAGCAAGAGAGUGAAAGCCUUGGAAGUUAAAUAUGACAGUGAACAGUGAAGGUGCUGGAGGGGAACUAGAGGGGAAGUUGUUGAGAGUGUUGAGCUUGCCAGUAGUGCAGGCAGUAACGCUUAUAGUGAUGCAGGAAAAUGGGAUAUCAUGUGAUAUGAUUGUGCAUGAAGGAAGGUGUUGAUAGGGCACCUGUCCCAAGUUGCAUGAUGGGUUGUUCAGCUUCAAACACCUAGUUGUUUCAGAUAGCUCACCAGAAAUGAAGCCCUUUUACAAUUACUUUCUAUUUGUGACCAUUUGUCUUAUAUUAAAGUGUAAAGUUUCAUUUUUCCUAUGUCUUUCUGAAGCAGUUUGGGGGGGGGGGUGCAGACUCUGUAACUGUUCUAAAUUGAUACUCUUAGUUGAUACAUGUGUUAUCUGUGGGAUCUUUCAGGAUCCCUGAGUUUCAUUAAAGGCAGCUGUUAGAAUUGAUACAAUAGUUACUAAUAUUACAAAGAUGCUGCUGAGAAAUAUAUCAACUAAUAGAGCAAUUGUAACAGUUCAGAAUCUGCACCUGAAUUACUGAGCUUAUUUUAAAAAGACUUUAUUUUUGGGGGACAAUCGGAAAACAGCUGAACGGAAAAAAUUUUUUAGAAGGUGAACAACCCCUUUACAGUAGAACUAAACGCUCAAGUUAAAAAAACCCUACCCUACAUAGACCCCCCUCCCUACUCCGA